GUCAAGGGUGCUGAAUUCUGUAAUAUGAGAACCAGGUGUCAGUUUGCUCCUGUGGCAAAGAAGCACUUCCUGCAACACAGAGGUGGCCUCUGCCUGGGAUGCACUGUGACACUCUUGGAUCUCCACAUUCUCUCACCUUUGACAGGGACAACCAUCAAUUUGGUCCUUAAUUCAGAUGAAACGGUGGAAGCUAUCAAGCUGAUGAUAAAGGAUUAUUUCCACAUUCCUCUCUCAGAAGACGAACAAGGCAGGCGGUACCUGGAGCUGAUGUAUGCAGGAGCUGCUCUAAGGAACAGCUGGAGUCUUGCUGAUGUUGGAAUAUCUUUCUGUUCGACUCUCAAAUGCUUCAUUAAGGAAGAAGACAAGCCCACGCUGUACGUGUUCAACGCUGUGACCCAAGAGACGAUGCCAAUAAUGGAGAGCGUUUCCCUUCUUGGUAAAACAGUGUCUGACCUAAGGACCGAGGUGACUCUGAGAUGUGGCCUCCCUGUGAGCGUCUACUGUCUGCGGACCCCCGCUGGCCUGGAGAUGUAUGAUCGCAACACCCUCCGGGACUACCAGACCCAUCUUGGCACAACAUUACGUUUGGACGUCUGGGAUGGAUGGAAGGAGUUUCUCAUGGGCUGCCUCCUUGGGCAGAAACUAAAAGUCCAACGCUAUUUAUCCAGAGAAGGACCAGUGCUCAAGUAUCAGAGAAGGGUUGCCCUGUACAUCGCUGCCUUCUAUGGCUAUGCUGAGCUCACUGAGUGGGCCCUGAAGCAGGGUGCGCGGCCCCAUGAGGCAGUGGGUGCCCACCCCUAUCGAGCAUGGUGCCACGAAGCCCUCCACGCAGAUAUCUCCAAGUGCCCCAUUCAUGCAGCUGCAGAAGCAGGCCAACUGCUGGUUCUGAAGACCUUUGUCCACUGCAGUGUCCUGUGCCUGGAAUGCAAAGACCCAGCAGGACAAACCCCCCUGGCCAUCGCGUCCAAACACAGGCAUAAAGACUGCGUGUUGUAUCUGCUGAAUAAAAUGUGGUCCACGGUCUCAUUUCUGAAGAUUUCUGUCCCAAUGAGGAUUUAUAUUAAGAUAAAACAAUGGAUCCUCAGAGCUCAGAGUCACAGCCUUCGCAGGAGCCAGCUGUGCAGAGCCGGGGUCCGUGGGGCGAAAGUUGGAGAUAUUGUGAUGGUGGAUGGUUUCACCCAACCCAAAAUGACCUCCAAGAGCUGGCAUAAGGCUGGGAACCAGGACUCACAAGGCAGCUCCAGCAAGCUACCGCCUCUCAGAGGACACACUACAAGCAGGAAGCCUGGGGACUCUGUGGCAGUUCCACAAAGGGAAGCGGGAGAUGGGCCCAUAGUGUUGCCUCCACUGGUAGAUGCGGAUGCAUUCUCUGAGUUACAGAGACAUCAACAGCAAAGUCAGAUAAAAAUUACCUCCACAGCUCGGAGGAAAGAAGGGCGCAUAAAAAAUGCCUACCUCCCCCAAGUGCCCCUCCCCCCCUUUUCAAGAGCGGGGUACUCGCUCCCCUGUUACUCCACAGAGCGCAGUGAGGACGUUUUACUGAAGUCCUGCUUCGCAUCUUUCCAGCAGCACAGUGGGAGGACUCCCAGGGAGAACGCCAUCUACUGCUUGGCUGUGGCCAGUGCCUUUAAGGAGAAACGAUGGCUUCAGCAGCUAGGAAUAGCAAGAGCCCUUGCCAAAAAGAGCAUUUCCCACCUGACCACCCACAGAGGCCUGGCAGCAGAUGAGAACCCUCCAGAAAUGUUGCUUUGAAAAUUCAGGACGACCUUAGUUUGGGAAAAGACCUAUUCCCGCAGAACUCCAGUUCUAGUGUUAACAUUCCUAAGCUAUCAUCUCUCCAACAGCCCAGUGCACGCGCACAGCUCUCGGCCACACGAUUUCCAAAAGGAUACCAAAUGGCCAACGAGCGCCAUGAACUCUUGGACUCCACCACCCCAGGAGAAAAGGUAGGGCACAGUUUUUUUUUUUUAUAGAGAGUCAGAGGAAGAAUCUACAUGAACGUGAAAACAGUACUUGUCUACAGGGUGUGGUAACAGCGAAGAUGAGAACCAAGGAUAAAACUUAGGAUUUUUACUUGUUUUCUGUUUCUUUGGAUCUGUUUCAGUGUUUUUAGAUUUUUAAGUCACAUAAAUGUAGAACAUAAAACAGAGUAAAUAAAUUUUUAAAAUUCUACAAGGAAGUCCUUAGGAGAGUUACAGAUACCAUCUAGGUUUAGCAUAGUGGUCCAGACAUCUUUUUAACUUCUAUUAAAACAUUGUUUCCUAUUUUUUUUUAACAGGUACUAACUGCCUUUUUUUAAAAAUUGUAGAUAGACACAGUACCUCUAUUUAUUUAUUUUUAUAUGGUGCUGAGGAUUGAACCCAGUGCCUCUCGCAUGCUAGACAAGCACUCUACCACCGAGCCACAAACCCAGCCCCUAAUUUUUUAAAUUGAGGAAAAGUUAACAUAAAAUGAGUUGUGUGGCUUGUAAAUAUAAGAUUCAGUGGGUUUAACAAACAUACCUUUGUGGGAAGGUUCUCCCAGUCAAGAUGAAGAAUAGCAGUUACCCCCAGAGAAUUUCUUCAACCUCCCGAGUCAGGACCAGAACCGAAUUCUGACUCUGUCUCCAGAGGUAAAGAUUUCCAGACCAUUCCAACCAUAUGGUUCCUCCCUUAUUUUUCCGGAUGACCUGACUGUCCCUGAUAUUUUGAGACUCAUUUAUACUGUUGAGGCAUUAGAAGUCCAUUUCUUAUCUCUAAGUUGCCCUAUUGUAUGGAUGUGCCACAAUGUAUCCAUUCAACUAUUUGGACGUUUGAAUUGUCUCCAGUUUUGUGAUAUUAUGAAUAAA